AUGACCUGCGUGAUCGUGUCGAAGCUGGGUUGCAACCCCCACACUGGGCCACCCACAGCCAAUCCGUUCGAGCAGCAGCCCCACUGGCCGAGGAUGCGCUCCGCAGAUCCCCUCCGUCCGCGCAACCCAGACAUCUGUCAGACUUUUCGGUUGUGCGCAUCCGCCAGCCCGCGGAGAUCCCAGCCCGAACCUGUUGGACUUGACGGGCCUCAUCGCGAGCAGCAGUGGCAGACGGACGUGGGGCAGCAAGCAACCACGCCUCAUCGCGAGCAGCAGUGGCAGGCGGACGUGGGGCAGAAUGCAACCACGUGUGGCCGCAUCAGCGUCCCCAUCGGCACGCACCCACAUAAUCAGCUAAGUGCUCGCUCCUUCAUGCGUCCACCCUCGUUUCGUUCUCCUGUCAUUUGUAUUUUCUCCCAAAACGGGGCCACUGGUGGAAGCACAGGAAACAGCUCACAGGUCUCCCUUACUCCAGGUAAAGCCCUCCCCAGGCCUCAUCACGAGCAGCAGUGGCAGACGGACAUGGGGCAGCAAGCACCCACCUCCCCUCAAAGGAGUUCAAGUGCUGCAGUGCUGCUGGUCGCCUGA